UUUCAAUUGAUGAUUACGGUCAUCCUGAUUCUUUUCAUUGAUAUUCUUAUACAUUGUAAUUAUAAUGUCAGGUGAAGUAAUACCGGCUAAUACAUCAGUAAAUAAUCGUAACCAAGGGGUAUUUAAUGAUGAGAUAGGUGAUGGAGAUUGUAUACAUGAAAAAUCAAUACAUGAUUCUAUUUGUGUUCUAACAUUAAAUGAUGAAGAUAUUACUAUGAAUAAUAAUGAUAAUACCAAUGAAACAGCUAGUAAUAAACUUUCUAUUGAUAAUAAUAUUAAAGAUAAUAAGUCAUUCAAACAUUCAAAAUCUUCUAUCUCUCAUAUUGAUAACAAUAUUCAAAACAAAUUAACAAAGAAUCUAACUGGAAAAGUAAUUUCUAAUACAAACUGUGAUAAAUCUAUAACGGAUACAAGUAGUUGUUAUUUAACAUCAACGGUACAAUUGCAUUCUGAUGAAAGCACAUACAGUGAUGAUGAUCAUAUUCCUAUAUGUUCAAAUAGAUCGAAUAAACAAUUAUUACAAACUACUGAUACGAUGAAUAGUAAUUCAAUGAUUUGUAAACAUAUUGGAAAGGAAAAACAUUUCGUAAUAAAAGAACAAGAAAUAUCUACAGUAUUAGACAAACCGAAUGGAAUAUCCUGUAUGAGUAAUGUGAAUCCCAAUGUUUUAUCAGUGUUUAGAGGUUAUCCAGAAAAUAAUUUAAUCAUUACCACAGCCUCACCAGUAGCAUCAACAAAAUCAGGAACAUUAACAGAUUUAAAAAUAAACAAUGAAAUUUCAACAACAUAUAGUCAACCAUCAUCGGAUAAUGAUAAUGCACAUGACAUUUAUAGUUGUAAUUAUUCAAAUGAUGCUAGUAUUUAUCACAGAAAUGCCGGUGGAUACAUUGAUGAUAUUGUUACUUCUGACAUUCAUAAAAUAAAUUCAAGUUGUAAUGGUAACAAUUCACUUAAACAACAAAAUCUUGACAAUUUUUUCAAAACUAAUAUGAAAUCACAAGUAUCUUGUUCAACAACAACAAUAGCAGUAUCAAUCAAUACAUCACCGAUCUCAUCAUCAUCAUUUAGUGUCAACCAAUCAAAUAGUCUUGAGUCAAAUCAACAUCAACGACAGAAACAAAUACAUCAUGAUCAUAGAACUCUUGUCUCUUCAUUAUGUCCAUCUGAUUCUCCUUAUUUGUUAAGUCAAUGUUCAUGUAAAUUUGCUAAGAAAAGACCGGUUAUUACUACUAUUACUACUACUACUACCACUACUACUACUACUACUACUACUACUACUACUACUACUACUACUACUACUACUACUACUACUACUACUACUACUACUACUACUACUACUAAUAAUAAUAAUAAUAAUAAUAAUAAUAAUAAUAAUAAUAAUAAUAAUAACUCUACAGUACACGAUCAUAAGGUAAAUGGAAAUGAUUUAAACCAUCAUUUACAUUCACCAACUUCAAUUAGCAACAAUCCAAAAACUCGUUGUCUAACAGCUACUAAAAAGAAUGCUAAUAGUCAUAAUGAUAACAACAAUUAUGAGCAUUUAACAAAUAAUUCAUAUGAUAUAAACAUAACAGUGAAUAAUAGUAAUGAUAAUAAUAAUGAUAAUUACAUUGAUGAAACCAAUUUAAUAAUCAAUUACUUACCACCAUAUAUGUCACAAGAAGAAGUCAAAGUAUUAUUUUCUACAUGUGGUAAAGUUGAAAGUUGUAAAUUAAUACGUGAUAAAACGAGUGGUGAAAGUCUUGGUUAUGCAUUUGUAAAAUAUUCACAAUCAAAUGAAGCACAACAAGCAAUAAAUACAUUGAAUGGUUUAUCAUUACAAAAUAAAACAAUUAAGGUAUCAUUAGCUAGACCAAAUUGUGAAUCAAUUAAAGGUGCAAAUUUAUAUAUUUGUGGUUUACCUAAAACAAUGACACAAAAGGAAUUAGAACAUUUAUUUAGUCAAUAUGGUCGUAUUAUAACAGCACGUAUAUUAUAUGAUAAUAAGACAGGUAUAUCACGCGGUGUAGCUUUUAUACGUUUUGAUCAUCGUUAUGAAGCUGAAUUAGCUAUACAACGAUUAAAUGGUCAUCAACUACCAUCUGAAUAUUCAAACGAUAUGCUAAAUAGACCAAUUACCGUGAAAUUUGCCAAUUCACCAAGUUCAAUAAAAUUUGAUAAUCUUAGUCUUGUAUUAUUAAAACAAGCAGCUCAAUUACAAGCUAUUACAACGUCUACUGCUAUGCAAUCACCAUUAUCACGAAAUGCUACUUCAGCAGUUAUCGCCGCAGGAUUAUUAAAUCCACUACAACAACGAAUAGCUGCAAUAUCAAAUCGAUUAAAAUAUUCUAGUUCCACUGAAACAGAUCUACUUUCUACAAUCGCUAUGAGCAAUUCAAUUUUAGCACCGACAAUUGUAGCAAGUACUGGUGGCUUAACAUCUAAUGGUUGGUGUAUAUUUGUGUAUAAUUUAGCUCCAGAAGUAGAAGAAUCUAAUUUAUGGCAACUAUUUGGUCCAUUCGGUGCUGUACAAUCUAUUAAAAUUGUAUAUGAUACAACUAAUAAUAAAUGUAAAGGUUUUGCUUUUGUUACAAUGAGUAAUUAUGAAGAAGCUGUAUUAGCUAUUCAUUCAUUAAAUGGAUUUGUAUUAGAUAAUAGAAUUUUACAAGUAUCAUUUAAAAUAACCAAUAGUAAAUCAAGAUCAUUUACAUUAAGUACAUUAUCAUCAUCAUUGUCAUCAUUAUCGACUCAAUCAAAUUCUAUGCCUUUUGAUACAUCCAUAAAUUCAUCAAGUAUACAACAAACAUUAUCAAAUCAACAAGAUCAUUUUAAUUCAGAGAAAAUAAUUAGCACCAAAAAUUCACUGAUCAUUGAUAAACCAGUGACAAACAAUUAUGAAAAAAAACAAACACAACUUCAACAACAUACAUCACAAUUAUAUCAUCAAAAUAAUCUACAAAAUAAUCGAAAAACAUUUUCCACCGAAUUAAAUGAUCAUACUUCUAUCAAAUCAAUCAUUACAGAUACACUGGAUAAAUCUAUAUCCCCUAAAAAUUCAUCUAUCCAAUUAGUAACAAAUAGUUUUAACAAAGCAAGCAGUAUUAAGAGUAAAUAUAAUAAAACAGUAUUAAAUGGUAAAACACAAACAGAAUUAUUUGAUCCAUUCAUAGUUGAACAAUUACCAGUGAAAUCAAAACAUAUAGAUUUGGUAAAUAAUUCAAAGAAACAAACAAAUAAGAGUAGAAAUUCACAAAAGAAAAAAGAACACGCAAUCUAUAAACUAUUAAGUGAUCCGCGAUGGCAUCUCCUUUGCUCGCGAAGGUUGGUACGUGCAUUGUACAUUCUGCUUUGGGCUCGCAAACAUGUACUUUGGACUCAUUCUGGCGAGAUCAAACAUGUAUUAUUACAGUUCUUUCGUCGUUUGGGAUGCAAAUUUUGCCGACUAGAAGCUAAAAAUUUGAGUCAUUUAAAACCUGCUUUGGAUGCACGCAAUAUUAAAUUAAUGGGAAUUACAUUCGAUGAAGGUGGUGUAAAAGAAUUUGUAGAUGGACAUUAUUUUGAUGGAGAUCUUUAUUUAGAUCCUGAACGUAAGACAUAUAAAGCUUUAGAAUAUAAAAAGGUCUCCGCCUGUUCUGGUUUCUGUUCUUUACUGACGAAAGCUGGCCGUUCUUUAAAUUCAAAGGCAAAGGCUGCUAAUAUACCUGGUAAUAUGACUGGAGAUGGUUGGCAAACUGGUGGACUUCUUGUGGUUGAAAAAGGUGGUAAAGUUCUCUAUCAUUUUGAACAGAAAGAAGUUGUAAAUCAUCCUGAUUAUAAGCAAAUUAUUGAUGUUUUAAAAAUUAAUCCUAAAGAUGUACCAGAAUUUGCUACUGUUUUAUCACAAGAAUGUGAUGAUGCUUGUAAAAUGUGA